AUGGCAGUCGAGGAGGGCAUCCUGGAAAUCCUCCAAUUCAGAUUGAAUUGGUGGGGCUCCACCUUUCUUUUCAUGAGGGUGAAGAAUGAUGUUAAAAUCGCCUCCGACCAUCCAAGGGAGAGAAUGGUCGGAGACUUCGAGGAGGUCCGCCCAAAGAUCUUGGCAGGGGAGAUGGGUGUGUUCUCCAUAGACGAUGGAAAGCAGGAAGGGAGUGGCAGAAAGAGUCGAAGAGACUUUCACGUGGAGGAGUUGACGGGAGGAGUGAAGAAUUUGAAUUUGGCAAUUAUGGUCACAGAAGAGUCAAAUGUGAUUGCUGGUGUUUUGGACGACUUGAUGAAAUUGAACAAUCUACAGAAGUAUUGGGAGUCGAGGGCGAUCUUCGGCUCGAUGAGGGCGAGGAGAUUAGGUAGAUGGGACUAUGGGAGGGCAAUGAUAGGUUCCUGGGUAGAGAGAGAAGGAUGUGGUUCCGAGGCUUGGGGAAGGGGGCGUGAGUUCCCUCGUCAGAGGUUCCCUUGCCGACUUCUAAGCCUUCUAAGGUUAGAGCAUGGAAAGAGUUGGAAAGGGUCGGAGAGAAAUUGUCCUCAGAAUUGGAGGAACAUGUCUCCACUAAAACCUGAUCGGGCUUAG